UUUGAAGGACUGUGAAGUCGGAAGCAGGAGAUGAGGGUCGUAGUAGUGCAGACGGAGUCGGAAGGUCUGGAAGCAAGCAACCAUCAGAAACAGGACUUACAACACCAUUCAGACAAGGAAUUACCAGAGCUUGAAAUCAUGUAUGCCUGGACAUUCUUAGUUUUCCUCGGUAUGGCGGGAUUGCCGUUCCAUUCCGUGCAAGGGUACACUUACACAUGUUACCCAAACAACACCAUUGCGGUUUCCGGUUUGCCGACUAAUUACUCAUCCAUGAACUACUUUGCGAUCCAAGAAGCAGACGGUAAGAACUGUUCCGUGACUGGAGUUGAGGCUGCUGGCACCGCGGAAAUUACCGAAUGCGAUAAAGAUCAGCCGAUUCUCUUUACAUUUAGCUCCUACAGUGGUAUGUUGACCAAUCAGAUCCAUGGUGGGCAGGAAGUUGAGAUUGUAAACAUCACGUGUAUUGAGAUUUCUGAUUCCGGUGUUGCGUCCUCUGUUGACGACACACUAGCAGUCUCCAUCGAUAUCGACGAUGUGGUUUCAAUGAAUGUUACGUAUGACAUCACAUCCGACUUAAAUCCGACGUCUGCUAAUGUUGGAGAUCCAGUUAUUUGGACAAUCUACUUCCCGAUGAACUAUACACUUGAAAUAACAUCAUGCACGGCUUACCCAGGUACCGACUCGUCGUCGUCAAACUCUAUUCUUUUAAUCACCGACUGGUGUUCCGAUGUCGGUCAGCUCAUCUCCAAUUUCUCCACGAACGCCGAAAAUACUGAGGCAUCGGCAACGAUCGAGGCUUUCAAGUUCUUCGAUGAGCCCAACGUGUACCUAACUUGUACUCUUCUUGUAUGUCCGCCAUCGAGUAGCAGUUGUGACUCGGUUUGCGGUCCAGCAAGGAAAAGGAGGAGGAGGAGUUCAAAUGGCGAGUAUACGAAGAGUAUAGGCAAAGUUUUGCACAUCAUUGACACAACAUCUGCUGCUUACAUGCCACGCACCGGCUUCUUCAUGACAGUGGUGAUGAUCUACUUAGCGUCGCUUCUUUGAUCAACGCGGAUAUAUUUACACAUGAAUAAAAGAACAAAAACAUUAAUAGUACGCCAAACUGAAACUGAUCAACAUAAUUUAUUGAACUUUAUUCAUGGCAGAUUCAAAGUGUGUUUAAAAUGUUAUGUCUACAAAUGUCUUACAUACCACUGAAACAGGACAACUAUUUGUUACUUUGUUAACGAAUACAAAAUAAAAUGAUAUUAUAAUGUUUAAAA